AUGUUGACUCUGACUCCCGUCUUAACUGUGUCCUAUGAAGCCAAGGUUUCGUUUCUGCUCCUUUCCGUGCUGGAGUUUGCCGUGGGCAUCCUGGUCAACGCAUUCAUUGUCUUGGUGAACUUUCGGGACGUGGUAAAAGGGCAGCCCUUGAACAACUGUGACAUUGUGCUGCUGUGCCUCAGCAUCACGCGGCUCUUCCUGCAGGGGCUCCUGCUCCUGGAUGCAAUCCAGCUCACCUGCUUCCAGCAGACGCAAGACCCGCUGAGCCACAACUACCAAGCCAUCCUCACCUUCUGGAUGAUCAUAAACCAAGUGAGCCUCUGGCUUGCCGCCUGCCUCAGUCUCCUCUACUGCUCCAAGAUUGCCCGUUUCUCUCACACCUUCCUGCUCCACUUAGCAAACUGGGUCUCCAGGAGAUUUCGCCGGCUGCUUCUAGUCGCUCUUCUUUUCUCCUGUGUCUGCGCUGCCCUCUGCUUGUGGGACUUUUUCAGCAGGUCUCGAGUCACUGUCGCGUCUGUCCUACCCACGACGAACAACACAGAAUUCAACUCGCAAAUUGCAAAGCUCAAUUUCUUCUAUUCAAUGAUCUUCUGCAAUGUGGGGACGAUCCCCUCUUCCCUGGCUUUCCUGGUUUCCUCUGGAGCGCUGUUUAUCUCCCUUGGAAGUCACUUGAGGGCCAUGAAGUCCCAGGCCAGAGACUCCCACGACCCCAGCCUGGAGGCACACAUCCGAGCCAUCAUAUUUUUGUUCUCCUUUCUGUGUUUCUAUAUGCUGUCAUUCUGUGCUGGCUUGGUCUCGAUGCCUUUACUGGUAGUGUGGCACAGUAAGGGAGGAGUGAUGGUUUGUAUAGGGAUGAUGGCGGCUUGCCCUUCGGGACACGCAGUCAUCCUCAUAUCAGGAAAUGCCAAGCUGAGGAGGGCCAUAGAGACCAUGGUAUUCUGGUUUCAAAGCAGCCCAAAAGUGAGAAAAGAGAUGCUUCCCAGGACACGGAUAAGCCAUGAAAUGGGCUCCUCACAAAUACAACUCUAA